GGGCCGUUAAUCCUCGGCGUCCGCGCGCAACCUCCUGCACCCGGUUUUCAGGAGCUGCCCCCCACUGUUUUCCACGCUCGCGGGCCCAAAACCACGCGCGCGUACGUAUCCCUCUUCGGCAGCGACGGCACACUCCCUGUACGCCCAGGUCCCAGCCCCGGCAAAGUCUCGCCGCCUAUAAAGCCACCAGCCGCACGGCACCAUCUUACUCUCAAGUCCAGACACAUCAAAGCAUCAUCAUCACCGGCCCAAGCAGCCGACUAGCGGAGGCGCAUCGAUUCAGUUCACCGAUCGGGACGAACACACAGGCGGGAUCGGAGGCGCGCAUGGCGAGCGGGGGCGGCAAGGCGAAGGCGUCGUCGUGGGCGGCAGCGAUGAGCGUGGGCACGGUGGAGGCGCUCAAGGACCAGGUGGGCCUCUGCCGCUGGAACCACGCGUUCCGGUCGGUGCAGCAGCGCGCCAGGGGCGCGGCCGCAGGCGGGAGCGGCUCCGGCUCCGGCUCCGGCGGCAACGCGCGCGCGCUGCCUUCGGGGGCCGCCGCGGCGGCGGCCGCGAGGAGGAAGGCGAGGCAGCAAGAGGAGGAGCUCCGGACGGUCAUGUACAUCACCAACUGGGGCCCCAACAACUGACUUGUUUAGCCGAUGGGCAGUUAGAUUAGGCGCUAGCGUUUCAUCAGUACUCUGUACUACCGCUACUAGUAAUGUAGUUUGUUGCGCGACCAGUUCGUGUGGGCGAAUGAAUCAUCCAACGUGUAUGGAUGAGCAUGUGUACGCUGGAAAGUUGUUGAUGAACACAGAGCUAAAUCCUGCAAAUUUUCAUCUAGGUGUU